UUAAACCUUAGCCGUUUCCUCCAACCACAAAUCAUCAUUGUCUUACCAUAUCUUUUCUGUCACAUAAUUCUCCCUCGUAGGUCCUCUCAUGAAUUCACUAAUGGACAGGAUUAGUUAAUACUAACUGAGAAAAAAAAAAAAAAAACGAAAAAGUGAAUGGGUACCGAGUAGUGAGUCCAGUCAACCUACUCUACUCACCAUGGUAACGUCGUUAUUUACAAAUUGUGUUUUGCUUUUGCAUUUCAAUUUUUGGUCAAACAAUAUUGUCAGUCCAAUGGCUGGAAUCUAAGACCAUCAACGGAACGUAGAGUCUUCGAGAUCUGCAAUUCGGAGUUUAAGGUCCGACGUUAGCUUAACGAAGAAGCCUGGGCUGUCGGCUCCUCCAAAACCUUAAAAACACUCACAACUUAACUCCUUUUAUUUAUACUUUGGUUUCUUUUCUUUUUUGGUCUUUCUUUUUGGUGAGCGUAUUGUUGAAGAAAUGCCGUUGGAGGAAUCCAAGACCAAGAAUUGCCAUUUUAGCUUCUUCUCUUCUCCGUUUCUGAGCCUCGUCCUUUGUCUCAGCUUCCUACACCAUCCUUGGUAAAGGGGAAUGAGGACUGCUGAGAUGAAGCUGCCAUCCUAUUUUGCUUCAAUUGCCUUCCUGUUUCUGUGUUGCAUUUCAGAAACAGUUGCUGACCUAAACUCAGAUAAGCAAGCCCUCCUACAGUUUUCUGCCUUAGUUCCUCAUGGGCGGAAACUUAACUGGAGUCCUGCUACCCCGCCAUGCACUUCAUGGGUUGGCAUCAAUUGCACCAAGGAUGGAUCCCGUGUGCUAGCUGUCCACCUUCCUGGUGUUGGACUGUAUGGUACAAUUCCAGCCAACACACUUGGAAAGCUGGAUGCUCUCAUGAUCCUCAGCCUCCGAUGCAAUGGUCUCAGUGGGAACAUUCCAUCUGAUGUACUCUCCCUUCCCUCUCUUCGUUACGUAUACCUUCAGCAUAACAACUUUUCAGGUGACAUUCCUUCCUCUCUCCCUCCCAAUCUGGAUUUUCUGGAUCUCUCCUUCAACUUCUUCACAGGCAGCAUUCCAACCACAAUUCAAAAUUUAACAAACCUGACUGGUUUAAACCUCCAGAAUAACUCCCUCACUGGACUUAUCCCCAAUUUCAAUCUUCCAAGGCUUAGGCUUUUGAAUUUGAGCUAUAACCAUUUAAAUGGAUCAGUACCAUCUUCCCUCCAGAAGUUCCCUGCUUCUUCUUUCAUAGGGAACUCUAUAUGUGGGCCUCCACUGAACCAGUGUCUUACAAUCAGCCCUUCACCUUCGCCUCCCCCCACUUACUUACCUCCAACAGUGUCAGAAAAUCCGAGAGGGGCCUCCCAUAAGAAAUUAAGUAGAGGUGCUAUAAUUGCCAUAGCAGUUGGGGGUUCAGCACUAGUGUUUUUCUCGUUGCUUAUGCUUGUACUUUGCUGUUUAAAGAAAAAGGAUGGUCAAGGUUCUCUUACAUCAAAAGGAAAAGGUGGAAGGAGUGAGAAACCUAAGGAGGAUUUUGGGAGUGGGGUGCAAGAGGCUGAGAAGAACAAGUUGGUUUUCUUUGAAGGUUGUUCUUAUAAUUUUGAUCUUGAGGAUUUGUUGAGAGCUUCUGCUGAAGUGCUAGGAAAAGGGAGUCAUGGUACAACCUAUAAGGCUAUCUUGGAGGAUGGAACAACAGUGGUUGUGAAGAGGUUGAAAGACGUAGUUGCAGGGAAAAGAGAAUUUGAACAACAAAUGGAUAUUGUGGGAAGGCUUGGUCAGCACCCAAAUCUUGUGUCCCUUCGUGCUUAUUACUAUUCCAAGGAUGAGAAGCUGCUGGUUUAUGACUACAAAGCAGCUGGCAGUUUUUCCUCAUUAUUGCACGGAAGCAGGGAAAGUGGACGAACUCUGCCAGACUGGGAUUCAAGGGUAAAGAUUUCCCUGGGAGCAGCAAAGGGCAUUGCCCAUAUCCAUUCUUCUGGAGGUGGAAAAUUCAUCCAUGGCAACAUCAAGUCCUCCAAUGUCCUCCUCACAGAAGACUUGCAUGGCUGCAUUUCUGAUUUUGGAUUGACUUCUUUAAUGAGUUUCCCAACCGUUACAUCUAGAAGCGCAGGAUACCGAGCUCCUGAAGUGAUUGAAACACGAAAAUUUACUCAAAAGUCUGAUGUCUACAGCUUUGGUGUACUUCUCCUAGAGAUGUUGACAGGCAAAGCACCAGUCCAAUCAUCAGGGCAUGAAGAUGUGGUCGACCUUCCAAGGUGGGUUCAGUCUGUUGUUAGAGAGGAAUGGACUGCUGAAGUGUUUGAUGUAGAGCUAAUGAAAUAUCAAAAUGUUGAAGAAGAGCUGGUGCAGAUGCUUCAGAUAGCAAUGACAUGUGUGGCAAGAUUGCCGGACAUGAGGCCUACAAUCGAGGAAGUAACUAGGAUGAUUGAAGAAAUUCGGCCAUCUGAUUCUGAAAAUCGGCCCUCAUCAGAUGACAACAAAUCGGGCUCAAAUACUCAAACCCCAUGAAUAAUGCAGCCAUGCUGUCGUUGUUAUGAAUUCAGAUGUAAGGAACAACAGUGAGGAUUAAAGUUGCAUGUUGUAAGGUCUCCAUCUAUGUUGUUCUAACCGUCAAAUUCUUUUGGGAUUUUAGCAUAACAAGAUGUGUCUACUGCCCUCUUUCUCCCCUAUCUAGAUUAAUCCAAAACUGUGGGAAAGAAAAAGGGUCAAAAUUAUAGAUAGUGUUAGGAAAAUCAGUGGAAUAAUAGCAUCCGUUGUCACAAUUAAAGCCAACAUGUUUUGUUACAUGCCAGAUCAUUGCAUGUCCCAUGGGUUAACUAUCCCAUCAGAAAUAUUGCACAUGGUGUGAACAACAGCAACAAGGAUGACAGUUGUCCACAACAUAUAAUAAACAUAAAAUUAGUAUUUCCCUGUUGGCAUAUACAUUACAAAAACGAUGUAGAAAGCCCAAUUUGGCCAACUAUAUCUAGUUCAAAAGUAUACCA